AUGCCCUCGUACCCGACAACCUCCAACGGGCUCACCUCCAGCGACGCAAGCGCCUUUUCUUCCACCACAAACUGCAGAGCGUUGAACAUGAUUCCAACAACAAUGAUGAACAGGCCAAACAGCAUGUCGCCGUUGAACGCGGCGGACGAAUCAGACUCUUCCGCAGAGCUCAAAGACCCGCUCAGCCCAACAAUGAACACGCCAAACACAACAACAAACAAACUGAGCCACUCGAGCGUCGUGAUGGUGCGUUUCAGCCAUAGAACAGAAAACAGCCCCACAAACAGAAUGAUCGAGCCUCUCACCAUCUGGUAG